AGAAGUAAAGAAUGAGACAGCUUCAGGAGCAUCAACAUCAUCCACAAGACUGCUGUCAAUGUCCAGCAUCUGGAUAUGUCGCUCAUAAUCCACUUUAUAACAACUUUGGCAGCCCUGUGGUGUCCCAUCAGGGCCCAGCUACUGCCAGAUUUUGCAGAUGUUUGCACCGAGGGCAGCUGCUAUCCGGCCACCGGUGACCUGCUGAUCGGCCGGGCACACAAGCUCUCAGUCACCUCCACCUGUGGCCUGGAGGAGCCAGAGCGCUUCUGCAUCGUUGGACAUCUAGAGGAGGAGAAGAAAUGUUUUAUGUGCGACUCCAGGGAGCCGUUCGACGAGGACUACAACCAGGGCAGCCACACCAUCGAAAACCUGGUCACCACCUUCGCCCACAACCGCCUCAAGACCUGGUGGCAGUCGGAGAACGGUGUGGAGAAUGUGACCAUCCAGCUGGACUUGGAGGCCGAGUUUCACUUCACGCACCUUAUCAUGACCUUCAAGACGUUUCGGCCGGCUGCCAUGAUGAUCCAGCGCUCCAUGGACUUCGGGAAGACGUGGCAGGUUUAUCGUUACUUUGCCUACGACUGCGAGACGUCCUUCCCCGACGUGUCCGCGGAGCCGAUGGCCAAAGUGGACGAAAUCAUCUGCGACUCCCAUUACUCAGACAUCGAACCAUCCAGCGAGGGAGAGGUGAUAUUUCGGGUGUUGGACCCCGUCUUUCAGAUUGACGACCCCUACAGCCUGAGGAUACAGAACAUGCUGAAGAUCACCAACCUCCGGGUGAACUUCAUCAAGCUCCACACGCUGGGCGACAACCUGCUCGACUCCCGCGAGGAGGUGACGGAGAAGUACUACUACUCCCUCUAUGACAUGGUCGUCCGCGGCAACUGCUUCUGCUACGGUCACGCCUCCGAGUGCGCCCCGAUCGAUGGAGCAACGACUGGAACUGAGGGCAUGGUCCAUGGCCGUUGUGUGUGUGUUCACAACACCGAGGGACUAAACUGUGAGCGCUGUCAAGACUUUUACCAUGAUAUGCCUUGGAGGCCUGCGGAGGGACAAAACGCCCACGCCUGCAAGAAGUGUGAGUGUAACCAUCACUCCACAUCGUGCCACUUCGACCUGGCCGUGUACAUGACGACCGGCAACAUGAGCGGAGGCGUGUGCGAAGACUGUCAACACAACACGAUGGGCCGACAGUGCGAGCAGUGUGCGCCCUUCUACUUCCAGCACCCGAACCGAGACCUGAGGGACCCCAACGUCUGUGAGCCGUGCAGCUGUGACCCGGCCGGGUCUCUGCAGGGCGGACUAUGUGAUUCGCACACCGACGUGGCCGCCGGGCUGAUCUCAGGCCAGUGUCGGUGCAAAGGCAACGUGGAGGGCGAGCGCUGCGACCACUGCAGACAAGGACACCACGGACUGGGACAGGGGCCUCUUGGCUGCCUGGCUUGUACCUGUAACCCGCUGGGCACGCUACCCGGAGGAAACUCCUGUGACAUGGACACAGGAAGGUGCUUCUGCAAACGCCUCGUUGACGGACACAACUGUGAUCAGUGUCUGCCGCAGCACUGGGGUCUGUCCAAUGACAUGGACGGCUGCAGAUCAUGUGACUGUGACCUGGGCGGGGCUGUCCACAAUAACUGUGACCCUCACUCAGGACAGUGUGUGUGCAGGGAGCACAUGUUUGGACGACGCUGCGAUCGCGUCGAGUCCGGCUUCUACUUCAUCUCUCUGGAUCACUACACCUACGAGGCCGAGGACGCCAAGCAUGGACCUGGUGUGUCGUUGGUACCGAGGCCUUACCCUCUGGAUCGCAGUCCCACAUGGACCGGUAUGGGGUUCGUCAAUGUGCCAGAAGGAGCCUACUUAGAGUUCACCAUCGACAACAUCCCAGAGUCCAUGGACUAUGACAUCCUUAUUCGCUAUGAGCCACAGCUGCCAGAGCAGUGGGAGGAGGUGAACAUGCAAGUCCGUCGUCCCGUCCUCAACCCUCCAGACUACUCCGCUCACUGCAGCAACUCCAUCCAGAGUGGAGACGAGCAGUCCAUCUCUCUCCCGCCUGGAUCCAGACACGUGUUGCUGGUGAGGCCGGUGUGUCUCGAUGAAGGACAGAACUACACGGUCCGUCUCACUCUGCCUCUCUACUCAUCAGUCAGUGACCACCAGAGCCCGUACACGCUCAUCGACUCCUUGGUGCUGAUACCCCGGGUCAGGGAGCUGGACAUGUUCCAUGGGAUCGACGGUGACGGAGCGUGGGAUACGUUCCAGCGCUACCGGUGUCUGGAGAGCAGCCAGAGCGUCGUCAAAAGCCCGCUGACCGACAUCUGCAACGACUACAUCUUCAGCGUCUCUGCUCUGCUGCACAAAGGAGCCAUGGCAUGCCAGUGUGACCCUCAAGGUUCCCUCAGCGCCGUGUGCGAGGCCAGCGGAGGUCAGUGCCAGUGUCGACCCAACGUCGUCGGCAGGAACUGUGAGCACUGCGCCCCGGCUACGUUUCUGUUCAGCCCCGCCGGCUGCAGACCUUGCGACUGUGACCCUCGGGGUGCGAUCGGCGCCUUCUGCCACGAGGCGACAGGCCAGUGCGCGUGUGUCCCCGGGGCCACGGGGCGCCAGUGUUCCCACUGCCUGCCGGGCUUCUGGGGCUUCCCUCAGUGCAGAGCGUGCCAGUGUAACGGCCACAGCGAGUACUGCCACGCUCAGACCGGGGAGUGUCAGGGCUGCAGAGACUUCGCCACCGGACACCACUGUGAGAGGUGUCUGGACGGUUACCAUGGUGACCCAGAGCUGGGUUCAGGUGGCCACUGCCGCGCCUGUAUGUGCCCCGAUGGGCCGCGCAGUGGACGGCAGUUUUCUGACAGCUGUUACCUGGCUAACUCUGACCAGCUGGUGUGUGUGUGCAGCCCUGGCUACAAAGGUGCCAGGUGUGACGAGUGUGCUCCCGGUUAUUUCGGGAACCCUCUGGUGCCCGGCGGGCGCUGCAUGCCCUGCCAGUGUAACAGCAACAUCGACAUGCACGACCCGGGUUCCUGUGACGCUCGGACGGGCGCCUGCCUCAAGUGCCUGUACCACACCGAGGGCUACGGGUGUCAGCACUGCAAACAGGGUUACUACGGCAACGCUGGCACUCAGAGCUGCAGGAAGUGCAUGUGUUACUCAGUGGGCACGGCGCCACGGGCCUGUUCAUCCCCUGACGAGUGUGAGUGUGAUCAGUACAGCGGUCAGUGUCCCUGCCAGCCUAACGUGGUCGGUCAGAACUGUGACCGCUGCGCCGCCGACACGUGGAACCUCGCCAGCGGGACGGGCUGCCAGCGCUGCGACUGCGACCCCGUCCACUCCUUCGGAUCCUCCUGCAACGACGUCAUAGGACAGUGUUUGUGCAAACCCGGUUUUGGUGGCAAGACCUGUCGGGAGUGCAGAGAGCUCUUCUGGGGGGAUCCAGAGGUCAAAUGUCACGCUUGCGACUGCGACUCUCGGGGGAUCUCCAGCGGGCAGUGCCAUCGUGCGACAGGUCAGUGUGCCUGUGUGGAGGGCGUGUCCGGCCCACGCUGUGACAAGUGCGCCAGAGGCUACCAGGGCGAGUUCCCCACCUGUGAACCCUGCCACCAGUGCUUCGCUGUCUGGGACACCGUGGUCGGCGAGCUGACCAACCAAACUAUACGCCUGGAGGCCCAAAUAACACAGCUCCAGAUCAGCGGGGUGACGGCGCCGUAUAAAGAGUUGGUCAGCAGCCUGGAGAGAAACGCCAAAGCUGUCAGAGACAUAGUGGAGAGCAACCCUGCGGCCGUGCAACUGGAUCAGAUACAGGAGCUGAUGCACCAGAUUACCGGUGUGAUGUCCUACCUAAACGGAAAGCUGAACACGACGGAGGAGACGUUGAACUUUCUCCACAGUGAUGCCAACGCCACCGAUGCAAGCUUGGACUCGUUGACUGACGAGGCCAACCAGCUAGAGCUGAGUGUCCAGGACCUGAGACAGCAGGUGUACAACGCCAAGAACGCCAACAUCCAGGGUGCCAUGGACACCAUCGCAGAUGCACACAGUCAGUCUGCGAUGGCUGAGCUCCGCGCCAACAUCUCCACCAGUAAUCCUGGAAACACAGUGCAGGCGUCAGCCGCAGUACGGAAAGCCACGGAGGACAAACUGAGCAGCGCCCAGAAGGAGUUUAACCGCAAGCACCAGAGAAACUCUGAGAAGCUGGACAAACUGUCCACUGAGCUGGAUAAAUCUGACCUGUCACCACUCAGCGAGAAGAUGUGCGGAGGUGCAGCUGAAGGUGACGAAUGCUCCGGCUCCCCCUGCGGUGGUUUGGGUUGUGCCGGCGAUGACGGAGCGCCUCGGUGCGGCGGCGAAGGAUGCGGAGGCCUCGUCACCACUUCCCAAACUGCUCUCAAAUCAUCCAAAGACCUGGACCAGGAGAUCCUCACAGCGAUGCAGGAGGUGGACAAGCUCUCCAGGAUGGUGUGGGAAGCCAACAACCGCGCCAACGAGGCCAAAGUGAACGCUAUGGAGGUGCUGGUAAAAUCCAACCGGAGCAAAGAGAGAGUGGAGCAGAGCAACGAGCAGCUCCGCAACCUCAUCAAAGAGAUACGAGACCUGCUCACCAAUGAGAAGGCAGAUGUUGCAGUGAUCGAGGCGGUGUCCAACGAGGUGCUGGCUCUGGAGAUGCCGACCUCGACGGAGAAGCUGCAGGAGCUGACGAAGGAGAUCAAGGAGAAGGUCGGCACUCUGUCCAGCGUGGAGACGAUCCUCAGCCAGAGCGCCGAUGACAUCCAGGCUGCAGAGACGCUGCUGAAAGAGGCCAAGGCUGCCAGUGAGAUGGCGUCUAACAUGAAGGAGACAGCAGAUGUAGUGAAGGCAGCCCUGGAUGAGACCGAGCGUGCUCAGAGUAUCGCCAUGGACGCCAUCCAACUGGCCCAGAACAACACGAAGGGAACCCUGGACCUGCUGGUCUCUGUGGAGUCGGAGACGGCCAUGUCGGAGCUGAAGCUCGGUAACACCACGGGUCGUCUGGUUCAGCUGGAGAGGGAGGUCGGGCUGCUGAGACAGAACAACCUGGAGGUGGACCGCACGGCGGAGACGGCCAACUCGAUCACCGACCAGGCCAGACUGAACGCAGAGGAGGCCCAGCAGGAGUUUGACGCGGAGGUGAAAGAUAAGAUAGUGGAGGUGGAGGACCUGGUGGAGGAUAAAGGGGAGUCGGUGCUGCAGGCGAGGAGGAGAGCGGAUGAACUGCAGCAGGAGGCCAAAGAGCUGCUCGCCCAGAGCAGCAGCAAGCUACAGAGACUUGGAGAGUUGGAGAGUUCCUACCAGUCAAACCAGAUCAUCCUGGAGGCCAAAGCCGCGGAGCUGGUCGAGUUGGAGCGAGCCGUCCGCCGGGUCCUGGAGGAGAUCAGUUACAAAGUGACGCUGUACAGCACCUGUGUGUGAUGAUCGCCCCUGACGCUGCAGCACCUCAAACUCUUUACUGUCCUCAUGUGUACUGACUGGGAUUUUAAAAGGUGCAGUGUGUAGGAUCUGGCGGUAUCUAGCGGUGAGGUUGCAGAUUACAACUUCUCCCGUGUGUAGGAGAACUUCGAUGGCCGACGUAAAAACGAAAAUGUAGAUAUAGACGGCUCUUUCUAAGGGAACGAAAACACAACGAUUCUUAUUUUCAGGUGAUUAUACACUAAAGAAAACAUACUUAUAUAUAAUAUUAUAUUCCAUUUCUGCCAAUAGAUCCCCCUAAAUGCUACACACUGCUCCUUUAAAGCAUUUCUAAAUACUGCUCCCAGGUGAUUCCCCGAGCAUUUUAUAGCAUUUAGGACCAAACACUGUAAUAUGUUUGACACUGUCAGUGCCAACGACUUAACACACAAGUAUUAAAAAAAAGAUUUUAACAAUGGAAACCAGUUAUAAAGCUGCCAAAGACCAUUAAAGUAUUGAAGUAACGAGUCCCAAAGGAGACCACUAAAAGCCAACGUGACCUCAGUGCUCGAAAAACCAAGAAUGUGUAGAGACUAUAGAACAAUUUAUCUGUAUAAGAUACUACAAUCUGUGUAUUUAAAUAUAUGACUGAACAUAUUUUAUAGAAACAUUUUAUUCUUACUUAAUAAGCCCAAAGAUAUAAAAUAUUAUGUGGACCAAAAAGCAUUUGUGACUACGAGCAAAUAUUAAAUUUUGAUUUGAAUUUA